AUGGACGACGCCGUCGACGUGUCCGACUCUGACGACGCGGCCGAGGGCUUUGACCCCGGCAGCGCGAUCCAGAACCGCGACCUCAUCCGGCUAGUGCGCACGUCGGCCGGGUCUGAGCUGUUUGUCAACCAUGUCGCCCAGGAGCAGCUCAAGGGCGUCGGCCAGAGCAACUGGGGCGGCCUGCUGAGCGCGGCCCCCGAUGCCCUGGGGCGGCUGGGCCAGUGCUUCGUGCUAGCCUCGGACCCGCUGGCCUCGUCGCUCGUGUUUCCCGAGAGCGCGGGCUUGAAAUACACGUCUCUCAGGGCGAACCUCGUGCACUGCUCUGAUCUCGGCCGCAAGGCGUUCCGCGACGCAGAGGCCAGGAUGAAAAAGGUGUCCAUGGUCGCGCAGGCCGUGUGCGAGCCUGACGGAACGAUCGACAUGAUCAUCCAAGCCACCGAGGACGAAGACCUCGCCGAGCUGGACCUUCCCGAGCAGCUUGCCGCGUUGAAGCGCGUGUCCAAUGACUGCGUCGAGGACACCAAGGCCAUCAAGGAGAAGGUGGCCGCCUGGAGCCAGUACGCGGGCCUGGUCUACCAAGCAUGCGUCGACAAGGACGAAUCUCUUGGCAAGGAGGAGCACGACCUCGACGGCCAGAUUGUCGAUAGGCGGCUGACCGUGGGAAUGAAGAAGGAGCGGGUAAACAACGUCAAGUCCCAGACAAGCCACUACCGCGGACAGCUCGCCACCCGGCAGGAAGAGGUGAACCGCGCAAACAAGUCCAUGCACAGAGGGGGCUUCACCGACAUCGGCACCAAGCUGGGCGACGCGGUAAUCGACACGGCCAUGUCACUCAUCAACCCGUUCAGCGGCUUCAGCAUCAACCUCGGCUUCGGCGGCGGCGGCGGCAAGAAGGACGGCAAGAAAAAAGACGGCAAGAAAGACGGCAAGGACCAGUUCUACACGCCCGACCCCAGCGACGGUGCGGCGCAGCAGGACGCCGGCUUCGCGCUCGCGGACCGGCUGCUGCCCGUGGUGCACCGAUUCGCCGAGCUGCUCGUCUCGGGCCCCGACGACCUCAACGGCGUCGACUGGGAGGCGCUGGGCGGCACCGGGAAGCACGUGGGCUCGCGCAAGGACGCCGUCUGGAACAUCGAGGACCACAUCAAGGACGUGCUGCAGCAGUUUAGCCGCGAGAACUCUACGCUCGUGUGGCAGAUCCGCGAAGAGAUGAAGCCGGUUGAAGAGGUUGCCGAAGCCAUCCGCGGCAUGAUGAAGCAGGAGCGCAACGUCAACGAGCGGACGCACGAGCAGGUCGAGAAGUCGGCCAAAGCCUGGCGCGGCGAGGUCAGAAGGACCGAGACGGCCCUUGGUAAGAUUUUGGGCGCCCGCGCGAAGAAGGAAGAGGAGAGGAAGCAGCGCACGGAAAUCCGACUCCGGUCGACCAAAAUGUCACCCGCCGAAAUCCGGUUCGAGCGGUUCCGCAUGGCGCAGCAGGCGCUGUUUGACGCCGAGACCAAGCUCAACCAGCGGCUGGAAGACGAGAUGCGGGCGCUGGAGGAGUUCAACGCGAUGCAGCAGGGGCUCGAGAAGCUGCUGACGUCGAAAGCAACUCUGGCCCAAGUCAAGGAGAUCGUGGGCGAGUGCGUCAAGCACCUGCAGCUGUUCUGCGAGAAGCUCGACCAGCUCACGACCUUCUUCACAGAGAUGCAGAACUACAUCAACGACAUUGACAAGCACCGCGUCGACCAGUUCAGCCAGGUGGCGGCCGUGGCCAAGAAGCUGGGCGGGCUCGCCAGCGAAGCCGCCAGCGAGCAGACGCGGCUGCGGCGGGAGAAGGUGAAGCGGCAGAAGCUCGAGCAACUCCGCCUCAAGGCGCUCGAGCUCAAGGGCCACUACCUCGUGGCGCAGGCCAUGGCCAACACGUACAGCGAGGUGUCGGCCAAGUACAUCCUGCCGGGGGUCAGCCGCAUCGACCGGCUGAGCCUGCCCGACCCCAAGAGCAUCUCGGCGGGCGAGCGCGCGCAGAAGAUUGCCGAGGUCGGCGCGCUGGCUGCCCAGGCCCGCAAGGGCGUCAAGUUGCUGGCUAAUGCUAGAAAGGAGCAGUUCCUCACUGCCAUGACGGAGCAGCGCGGCGUGAUCGAGGAGGCGGGGCAGCUUGGGAUCGAGAACUAA